ACAGAAAGGCAAUCAAAAGAUAAAUUCAUACAGGAGGAUUCCACAUGUGUCGUUCGUCAUACUGUCAUUUAUUUAAUGUCUGCCAUUAAUUUACCUGUAAAAUUAAAGGCAAGGUGAUAAUAACCCAUGAAAACAACAUUAGGCUUUCUACUUAAUUUUGUAAACUGACAGUUUAAACCAAAAAAAAAUCAAAGUCGAGAAUAUUUGCACAGAAUUCCUGUAUAUCUGCAGCGAGUACGGGCUGCGUUCAGAUAUCAAAAUGGUGAAGAUGAUUUUGAUACAUGCACUAAAGAUUCUGUAUGUUAUACAGAGCGCAAGCGCAGACUCUAUCAAAAUACAAGAUGAGAAAACGGCGCUAGAAUUUGUCGUAGAUCACGAUGAAACGUAUAAGAUAUUAUGGAAUGUGUUCUAUAAAUCAGCUUGGGAAUAUUAUACAAAUAUAACAACUGAAAAUGAAGAGAAAAUGAACAGAAUCUCCAAAAACCUGGCGGGCUUUGACAAAGAGGCGACCAGGUUCGCCCAGAUGUUUGAGAUUCAGAAGUUCAGAAACACCACGUUAAGACGACAGCUGACGCAGAUUAUAGAGAGAUCCGGACCGUACGCCACGAACGACUCGGAACUGGUACAGAAGCUAAAGAGGAGCCAAUCAGACAUCCAGCAGACGUACAGGGAGGCGUACUUCUGUCUGCCGCGGAUGAACUGUCUCCAUCAAGAGGGAUUAGAACAGAUUAUGAGGAACAGCCGGGACAGUGAAGAACUGUUGACGGUUUGGGAGGGCUGGCGUCAUGUGACCGGAAGUGACAUCAGAAAACAAUUCACAAACCUCACUACCUAUCUAAACAAGGCUGUCCAAUAUAAUGGUCACACGGACGUGGCGGACUGGUGGGGGAAGCAGUACGAGAUGCUGUACUUUAAGAACGAGAUCGCCCGUUUGUUCCAGGAACUACAGCCGCUAUACCACGAGAUCCACGCUUACGUACGUAAACGUCUCCGGAUGCUGCACGGGAGGGAUCUGUUCUCCCGCUCAGGACAUAUACCAGCCCACCUGCUAGGUUCCCUCGAAGGGGGUAAUAUCCAUAGAAUUUACAAUCUCUUAGAACCGUAUCCAAAAGCUCCGAAAGUCAACAUAACAAAAAUCAUGAUAGAACAGAACUUUAACAUCAGUCUCCUGUAUCGACUGGCAGAGGACUUCUAUGUGUCUCUAGGCCUGGAUCCGCUGACAGAGGAAUUCUGGGAGAGGUCUAUGUUUGUGAGGCCCAUGGACAGACAGGUGCUCUGUCAGCCCUCAGCCUGGGACUUUGGGGACGGGGAGGAUUACAGAAUAAAAGCUUGUACAAACAUUGACGAUGAUGACUUGGAGAUGACACACCGGGAAGUUGGCCAUAUUGUUUAUUACCAGAGCUACAAAAAACAGCCCGCGAUUUUCCGGAAUGGUGCAAAUCCCGCCUUUCAUGACGCUUUUUCGAAUUUGGCCGCUUUGUCAAUAAAUACACAAGAUCAUCAUCAGAAAAUUGGAUUUAUUGGACCAACACCCGAGGACCGUGAGCAAGAUAUCAAUUAUCUGCUAAAGCUGGCAUUAGAAAAGGUGGCUGUCUUACCCUAUGCUUUUGCAGUGGACCACUGGCGUUGGAACGUAUUUAGAGGUCUGAUUCUACCGUCAGACUACAACAAAGAGUGGUGGAAUAACAGAUGUCGUUAUGAAGGAGUUUCUCCGCCUGUUGCACGAUCUUCAGGGGACUUUGAUCCUGCCGCGCACUUCUACGUGACUACUAGUAUCCCCUUAAUUAGAGAUUUCAUCAGUGUAAUUUUGCAAUUCCAAUGGCAUGAGGCUUUCUGCAAGACAUCAGGUCAUCAAGGAGAUUUACACAGGUGUAAUAUUUACGGAAGCAAGGCGGCGGGAAAAGCUCUAAGGAAAGCACUGAGUUUAGGUUCCUCACAGCCAUGGCAGAACGUGAUGAAAAUUCUCACGGGACAGAGGAAGCUAAGCAUGACACCUCUCCUGAGAUUCUUCAAACCUCUCCUUCUCUGGCUGAAGGAUCAAAAUAAAGAGGAAAACAUCGGAUGGGCCCGCUCGUGUCCCUCUAUCGUACCCCAUCUUGACAUCCCGUCUCCGAUGAACCACCCCCACAAAUACCUGCGUUACUUCUAUGUAGUACCGUCUAUGGAGUAGUAAUUUGAACAAUAACAAAUACAGAGACUGGUUCUUAUACUUGCAUGGAACAAUAAUAAAGGCGACUGGUGAUCAUCAUAAGAGAAAAUACUAUCAAAAACUUUUUGAAUGAAAAAACUAAAGAAUGAACUGUUUGCAUAUAUGUGAAUCAUCGAUUAGUUGCAGGAAUAUAAUUGAUGUGUUCAAACCAUUUUGCACUAGAUGAAAGACAAGGAACUAUUCCCGCCAGAGAUGCAAUUUGUGUUGACUCAUGUAUUAUUACAAUAUGUAAAUCAUAAAGAUUUUUUAAUGUUA